AUGGAGAACUGGCCUGCAGUGAUGGAGUUCAUCCUUAUGGGUUGUACCAGCAGCCCCCAGCUACAGCCUCUGCUCUUUGUUGUGCUGCUUCUCACCUACAUCUUAACUAUUGCCGGCAACAUUAUCAUCAUCAUCGUCACCCUCGUGGACCAUCGUCUCCAAGCCCCCAUGUACUUCUUUCUUAGAAACUUCUCUAUCCUGGAAAUCAGCUUCACCUCUGCUGUCAGCCCCAAAGCUUUGGCCAUCCUUGCAUCAAACAGAAGAACAAUUUCUUUACCAGCGUGUUUCACUCAAACCUUUUUUUAUUUCAUGCUGGGCACUACAGAGUCCUUCCUGUUAGCAGCAAUGUCCUUUGAUAGAUACGUGGCCAUCUGUAACCCUCUGCGCUAUACCACCAUCAUGAACUCUCAAGUCAGGACCCUUUUGGUGUUGGGCUCUUGGAUUGGGGGCUUCUUCCUUAUUAUUGGCCCAGCAGUUUUGCUCUUCCAGAUGCCUUUCUGUGGCCCAAAUAUCAUUGACCAUUUCUUCUGUGAUAACACUCCACUACUUAAGCUUGCCUGUGCAAAUACCAGGCUCUUGGAGUCCAUGAGUUUUGUUGUAGCUGUGUUUUCUUUGCUGGGCUGUUUCACUGUCACUGUUGUGUCUUACAUUAGCAUUGUCACCACAGUGAUGCAAAUGCCUUCUACUACAAGGAGGCAGAAAGCCUUCUCCACUUGUGCCUCUCAUCUCAUUGUGGUGUCCAUCACCUAUGGCAGCUGCAUCUUUAUGUAUGUCAGGCCCACAAAGGACAGCAAGUUGGACGUCAGUAAGGGGGUGUCUGUUCUCAACACCAUGGUAUCUCCUCUGCUCAACCCCUUCAUCUAUAGCCUGAGGAAUAAGCAGGUUCAGGUGGCCAUACAGGACCUUUUUGGCAAGAGUGGAGUGUUUCCCAAAGAACCAAAGUUGAUAAGGCUCUCUCCCUUGUCCCUCUUCCAAACAUGA